UGUCGGAAACGCCCAUUGACUAUCAGAGCACAGAAAAGAUUGUGAAUUAAACUACAUAUUUAAUUAAGAAUAACACUAUAGAUUUUCCAGGCAAUACUUACAAAAAUGUUUCGUAGAAAGCUCACAGCCCUGGAUUAUCAUAACCCAUCUGGUUUUGAUUGUAAAGAUGAGACAGAGUUCAGGAAUUUCAUAGUGUGGCUGGAAGAUCAGAAAAUUAGACAUUACAAGAUUGAAGACCGAGGCAACCUGAGGAACAUACACAGCUCGGAGUGGCCCACGUUUUUUGAAAAGUAUUUGCAGGAUGUAAGCUGCCCAUUUAAAGCCCAAGACAGACAAGAAACUGUUGACUGGUUGCUAGGCCUGGCAGUUCGCUUUGAAUAUGGAGAUAACGUUGAAAAAUACAGGAACUGUAAGCCAGAGGCAGCUGCCAACAACACAGAAAAACCAUCUGAUCCACUCAUAAAUUUGGACAGCAACAAUCCUGAUUUCAAGGCUGGUGUGAUGGCCCUUGCGAAUCUUCUUCAGAUCCAGCGCCAUGAUGACUACCUGGUGAUGUUGAAGGCUAUUCGGAUUCUCAUUCAAGAACGGUUAACGCCAGAAGCCAUAGCAAAAGCUAGCCAGUCGAAAGAGGGUUUGCCAGUGUCUUUGGAUAAGCACAUCUUAGGCUUUGAUACAGGAGACGCCACUCUGAAUGAGGCCGCGCGGAUACUGCGGCUGCUGCACAUCGAGGAGCUGCGGGACCUGCAGACGCGGAUCAACGAGGCCAUCGUGGCCGUGCAGGCCAUCAUCGCCGACCCGAGGACUGACCACCGCCUGGGGAAAGUGGGCAGAUGACCGGCCGGCCGCACCA